AUGGCAGCGAGCCAAGGACACGCCCCCCAAACAGCGUGCGGCAGUUGCAGUGAAAACUAUUUGGGGAGCGAGUCCUUGGCUCGCUGCCAACUCCGAUUCGAAUGUCGAACCUUUUUUUUUCAACAGUAAUCGUAAAAUUGAUCUCGUAUAUUUAAAUUGUUUCUAUCUCUCUCCCUCUCUCUCUCUCUGUCUUUUUUGGUAAUUCACAUCGUGCCUCCAAAUCUCCUAAUUUUCAGUCUCUUCGCGCAACGGCAAAACGCGGCGGGAAGUCAGGAAUUGGUGGACGAGACGACGGACAUCGACAAGUGGGCGCAGGAGGUGGACCCAACGUCGAGCACUAGUUAGUUUUUUGGGGAUUUACCUAGUAAAAAUCGCUUGAAAUAGUGCAGGAGGGUCCUAACUUCCGCCUUCCGCUUUCCCUGCCGCCAAAAAAAAAAUUUUAUUCCGCUUCUUGAACCUCGAAGGUUUCAUCAUCAUUUUGCCUUCCUUCUAAUGUUUUUUUGUCAAAUUGUCCAAAAAGAACCAAAGAAAGUUCAUCAGUCUCAUGUCAUCACUGUUUGACCUUUUGGUCACUAACUCGCCCUGAAGCACACGACCAAAAUGCGUACUUUUUUUUAUGUCCUCUGUGUUUUUCAUCGUUCCGAACACCGUGUGACGAUGGCGCAUGGUCACGUGGUGUUCUACUGGAGUGAGACAUGAAAAACACGGUCUGUUAUCCACGAAUCUUGUGAAGCAUGUUAAUUUCGAGCAAAAUUUUGUCUCAGUGACAGAUGCGGCAAUGCUGUAACCUGUGCAAGUUCCCAAUGAGACCAAAUUGUUUGGCUAACACUGUGAAAUACUUGAAGAUUCUAGAAAACUCAAUCACAUUCCAAAAGUUCCGUUUUAUCGUAAAUCAUCAGUUGCGAAUAGUUUUAAACACCCUGUAAGAUGUAUAUCCGAGAAAACGCGUUCAAUUUCAACCAGGAACCUACAUGAUUCAUACUCGAGUUCAUCACAUUCUGCCGGCGAGUCACGUGGUGUUAGCAGCGGCGUCACACCAGUCACGUUGCCCUCCUCCCUCAAUAGUUCUGUCUGCUUUCCGGCCCGAAGAAGAAGAGGAAAAAGCACGUGGUGUCAAGUCCAAGUGUCCGCAUGUUGUAUACAAAGAAGACGGAAAAUGCCCGGAGGACAGAGACGGAAAACAAAAAAGAGAAAGCGGGGAAUGCGGAGACGCAGGGGGCGAAAGCAUGGAAACUGAAGGGAAAGGAGGGACGGGCGGACACAGUGGCGCGAUCCCCCCCUGCCCCCUGCCCCAUUCACUUGUUUCGUCUGAUUAGAGAUUGGGAUCGGUUCGAGUUACCUAGCUUAUUCAUUUUUCUUAGAAAUUCUUAGAAAGCCCACAAAUUGCAGCAAAGAAAGCAUUUUUUAAAGAGCAAUUUUGAAGUGUUCGUUAAAAGAAUUAAUAGAAAUUGUUUGUUAGCGCAUAAAUUACAACCCUAUUGAAACACUGAUUUUUCUCACAAACCAUCUAACAUUUUUCAAAGCUCAGAGAAAUUGUUUCGUCUACUUAGACUGCUAAUUCACUUUCACAAUGCAAAAUUUGCAAACUAAACUGAUAAAUCUCUAAAUUGAUUCGGAAUUCAGCGAAAGCGAAAGCCUAGAUAGAUUCAGAACUCGGUUCAGAUUACGAUGUUUUCUAACUAAAUCGAAAACGAUUACUUUGAGUGAACAGCUUAGUAUUCACCAAUUUCCGAUUCAAAGUGUUCUUAUCUAGUUUAGCUUGUUUUAAUUUUGUACCCGAAACAUGAACGCAUUGCAAGCCCUUUUAUCUCUUUUCUCUUCUUUUCCCUUCGUUUUUUGAAGUUUCGGUUCGUUCUGUGAUCCGCCGAAAAGAGCGUAAACAUCGCAGAGACGGCCCAGAGUGAAAGUUUCGUCGUUUAUCAGUUCUCUCACUUUUGCAGUUAUCACGUUUUCAGUUCUUUCCCGCUUAAAUUAAACUUUUCAACUUAUGUUUCAGUAAAAAAAAAAAGAGUUUCACAUUGUUGAUGAACAAAGUUUUUUUUGCAGUUUCAAUACGUUUGCAAAUGAAAUGCUGUAUUUCGUUUAUCACUCUCUAAAUUUCUUCUCUACAAAAUAAAACAUCGCUUUCGUUCAGAUGUCGACGACGGUAACUUUCCGUUCCACACUGCCUCUUCUCCGUCGAAACCAUCCCGUCGCAGUGGAGUUCACGACAGAAAGACCCUUUUUUAGCAGUUCACAUACUCGAGGUAUAUUUUUUAUCCUUAAAAGAUCAAACAUCAUCUGGGCUAACUCAAAUCCUAUAAAAAUUAUUUUGGAAACCUUCUAGAGCACAAUAAAUUCCGAAGAAUUAACAAAUAAACAGCGAUGAUUUAUCAAUGCACAAGUUUCUACACAAAUUUGAUAACUUUUUGAAAACUACAUCUAUUCAUUAUUUUCUCGGUACAGGCGGUGCAAGUACUCCCCCGGGCACCACGUCCACCUCGACAGUGUCCGCGUCGCCGGCAGUUCCGACCAGUUAUGGAUACAUUUCCGACAUGUUCAAGAAUUUUGUCGCCAAAGUUGAAGUACGACAUUUGUUUGUAAUCGCUAGCAAUAAAAAAAAUUGAUUUUUCAGAACCCCCUGAACUAUUUGAACGUCGGCACAUCGAAAACAACGACGUCGGCGCCGACAGCUGUUGAAUCGAAGUCACAGUAAGAUGCACACAACUUUAUAUAGAUUUUCAAGAAAACAACAUUUACAGAAUAAUCCUAAAAUCGAACGAAAAUCGAGUAUCGCGCUCGGAAGUCACCUCGAAAACGCGGGCGCUCGUCAAAAAAGUGAUGUUGUCGGAGACGUCGCAGUCGAGAUUGACACGAGUUCGCGACCUCUCGGAGCACAUAAUGCAGUACCCGCCGACGCGAAUCAUUGCCGCACAGGAACAGAGGCUCGUCGCCGAGCUGCUCGAUAUGGUCAUGUACGGACACACGGACACGUUGAAGGAGGAGGCGAGACAGUGUCUCACACUCAUCGGAGUACAUCCGUUUCCCAAGGGAAGAGGUAAGCGAGUUUGAGGAGCAGAAUUUUAAGCAAAAAGUUGGGAAAAUCGAUUGGAAAAGCUUCACCCGAAAAUUGAGCAUUUUCAGGUGUGAACGUGCUCUCGAUCGACGGCGGUGGCACGCGCGGAAUGAUGGGAUUGGAGGUGCUCGAGAAAAUUGAAAAAUUGUCCGGUAAAAAGGUACUUUUAUCGCUAUUCGUAGACUUUCGAUCUAUUUUCUGGUGCAUCGCCACGUUUUCAAUGGGGAAACUGAAAAUUUUUCAGAUUUGCGAGCUGUUCGACAUGAUUUGCGGAGUGAGCACGGGCGGAAUCAUCGCCGCACUCCUCACUGUAAAAGGGUACACGGUCAAAGAAUGUCGGGAAGCGUACAUGGAUGUAUCCAAGAGGUUCGCACACGUUUUUACAGCAAAAAAAAAACGGGAAACGUUCAGAUUAUUCACACAAGGCAAGUUCCAAGGCGGAAUGGGACUGAUUCUGAAGCACUCCUACUACAACACCAACCUAUGGAUCAGCAUUCUCAAACAAGUAGCAUUCUAGAAGUGUCAAAUUUUGUUUUAUUUUGAAUGAAUUCAGAUGAUCGGAGAAGACGUGACACUGAUCAACACCUCGCGGAAAUUGCACACGCCUCGAUUGGCGAUUGUCGCGUCGAUUGUGAAUUUGAAGACGUUACAGGUUGAAACUUUGGAACUGUCUUUAUUUUAGCUUAUUAAGCUUUUUAGUAAAGCGCUUCCUAUAAGACCCCAAUUUCUACUUUGCAGCCGUACAUCUUCCGCAACUACGACCAUCCGGCGGGCCGUGACUCGCACUACCGCGGCGGCUGCGAUCAUCCGUUGUGGACGGCGAUUCAGGCAUCCGCGGCCGCGCCCCUCUACUUUUCGGAAGUGAAACUGGGCAAUCUGUUGCUGCAGGACGGCGGAGUGUACGCGAACAACCCCACGGCGAUCGCCUACCACGAGACGAAGCUGCUGUGGCCGAACGAGGCGGUGAACUGUGUGGUGUCGGUGGGCAACGGACGGACGGUCAUGUCGCCCGAGGCUACGCCCACCAUGUUCUCCACUUCGAUCCAGGACAAACUGCUGCGGAUCAUCGACAGCGCGACGGACACGGAAGGAGUGCAUAUGAAUGUGCACGACAUGCUCCCCGAAUCCGUGUAUUAUCGCUUCAAUCCAUACAUGACCUACUCGUACGGACUGGACGAAAUCGACGAGGAACGGCUCGAGCAGAUGGCCUGCGACGCCGAGUUUUAUGUGAGAAGGAACUCGAGCAAACUGGAGGACGCCGCCGAGAAAUUGUGCUUGGUAAGGCACGAGAUUUAGAUUUUAACAAAUUUCGCUACUUUUCAGCAACCAAAUCUGCAACAACGCGCCCGCCGACGCAUCAAAGAGUACCUGGACUUGAAGGGAUUCUACAAACCCGCUUAA